GAACUCAAUUCUCUCCUUCAUCUUCAUCUUCACAAUUAAGAUCGAUUCUCUCAUCUUCAUCUUCCAUAUUUCUCGCCUAUUUUAUUUCAACAUCUCCAGAUUUUCUUCGAUUUGUUUCAUUAUUCCGUAUUCUCCAGAUUUUGUUUCCAUAAUUGUGAUCGGGAAGAUGUUUUCAAUUUUGCGUUCUUAUUUUCAUUGAUUACCUCUUCAAUUGCUGUGAAAAUUUGCUUCGAUGGAAUCUGUAGCAAAUAACGAAGGUAUGUACAUUCCUGUUUGUGAUGAUGCUUUGAAGCCAAUGAUUGGUAUGAAAUUCAAUACAUUAGUAGAAGCAGUUGGUUUCUAUGAACAUUAUGCUCGUUCAGUUGGUUUUGGCAUUCGUAAAAUGGGUAACAAAUCAGUUCAAGGUAUUACUAAGUGGCAGUAUUUGGCUUGCAACAGACAAGGCUCUAAGAAUUUUAUACCUGGUCAUGCAUCCCAAUCAACUGAAGUGUCUUUUAAAAAGCAUGGCAAGAGCAGAGGAUAUGAGGUUUAUCAGUUUGUUGAGUAUCAUAAUCACUUAAUGGUUGCGGAUGAGCAUAGGCAUUUUAUGAUGGCCAAUCGCAAUCUGGAUCCUAUCCAUCGGAGGUUUAUGGAGGAUUGUGGCAGGUGUAAUAUUGGUCCCACUCUCACAUUCAAACUUUUGAAGGAGAUAAUGGGUGGACCUGAAAAUGUUGGAUGUGAUAUUAUUGAUAUUAGAAAUGGUUAUCGUGAUAUUAUGUCCAAUAUUGAUGGUUCAGAUGCUCAAAUGAUUUUUGAUUAUAUGCGUUCUCAAAAGGAAUCAUCUGAUGCCUUCUAUUAUGAAAUUGAGAUAGGAUCUCAUGGAAAGUUAACUAGACUCUUCUGGGCUGAUGCUAUUUCAAGACGAAAUUAUCAUAUGUUUGGAGAUGUAAUUUCAUUUGAUUCAACAUACAACACUAACAGGUAUAUUACUUUUGUUGCUAAUAGACAUAAAAUGAUACUUUUUGCUGAUUAA